AUGCUAAUGAAGCCCAGGAUCUGUCGCGAUUUCGCGAGGCGCGGCUUUUGUCGCUUCGAUCCUUGUCGAUUCGCCCAUAUCCGAGACGAGCAACGAACCGCGAACAACAACUUGAGUGAGCAAGAUCGCAGGCAAACAAGAACUUGGGACUUCGACGCGUGGAGAAGACUUGUUGCUCACGGUCGUAGGAGUCAGCGCCUAGGCAACCGACUGGGGGGUUUCUUUGUUGAGGCCAGAAGGUUGAUCGAUAUCAACGAAGAGACCCUGCAAGGUGUAAUUUGGGGCCUUUCUGAAGAAGGUGGACUGAGACGGAUCCAGGAGCUGAUUGAGCGAGACUUUGCAGCGCUGCAGGCAUCUGCGGCGAAGAGCCUUUUCCUUGAUGCGGUCCUCCCAUUCCUUGAAACCAUUACUGCCCCCCAAUGCACUUGGGUCUCUGUUGGCCGUCGAGGUGGCCCGUUCUUAUCUUUUCUCGCCGAUGCAGUGAAACAGGAGAUAGAGUGCACGGGAGCCUCUGCGAUACCUCAUCUCGACCUAUCUCUGCUGGUGUUCUCCAAGAUUGUGGAGUUCAACUCCACAGCAUUCAUUCUGGAGUCACUGAAACCAGUAGGUGAAAAAUUCGCGGAGCUACUGAAAUCUCUCCAGGCUCUCGAUAAUUCGUGCAAUGUGCAUCAAUCCUACCAUUACCUUGAGCAAGUUAGCCGUCGCCUCGAUGCUGGCCUUUCCUUGCCAAUCUUAUCGGAAACGGGGAAGCCUACGCAUGUUUCCGACCCUACCGCGUACACCGUCGAAGUAGACCCCCCUGGAGGUCGCCAUGAUAAUGACCACCGAGACAUCCGUCACAUCAAGAUCCUGCCAACAUUUGAGGAAAUCAAUUCUAUGAGAGCAGAAUAUCUUCCACAGAAGGACCCCCGGCAGUGGCACGUUGAAGGACUAUUUGGAUUGCUAGACAGGAACUUUCGACUCCUAAGAGAGGACACAGUUGGCCAGUUGAGAGAUGCCAUUCAUGAUGAGCUUCAUCCAAGCGUUCAAGCACGCACGAAAGACCAAGCGAAAAGUAACGUGUACAAGAACGCCGUUUUACAAGAGCUGGAGUUCAACCGGGUCUCUGGUCUACAGUUUCUCGUCCAAUUCGAACAAGUUCCCCGCGCUCGAGCAAUGACAAAGGUACAACGGAAAGAAUGGUGGAAUGACUCAAAACGGCUCUUGCCGAGCGCUCUCGUGUGCCUUUUGGAUGCCCAGGGUGCUGCGACGUUUUGUACGGUGGUUAACCCCGACAUUCGCAAACGCUCGAAAGAUGGCACCAAUAUCCCUGCAAAAGGCGGGGGAUCUCUUUCUGAUAGUCCAAAUUAUGCCUCGGUGAUGUUGGAGCUAGUGGGAUCCUACGUUAAAGAAUAUGAGUACAUCCUCGAGGCUCAUGCAUCAAGACGGACGAGGCCGCCAAUGACACUCGUUGAGUUCCCAAGGGUCCUACUCCCAUCUUUUGAGCCUACUCUCAUCGCUCUUCAACGUAUCAAAGGGCCCCAAGAUCUUCCAAUGCUGGAUUAUUUGGUACCAGGUCAACUCGGUUCAGCUCCGGCCUCCAACGACGUUCCUCCGCCAUUGUAUGCAACUUCCCCGGGAUUCAGCUUCGACUUAAAGUGUCUGAUGGAUGAUGACUCCAGCCUUGAGAUCCAUUACUCGCGGCCUGCUGAUAUUGAUCGACUAACGCAGCAUUCUGCGCUCGACGGUUCCCAGGCUUCGGCUCUAGCUCGCACUCUACAGCGCCGAAUUGGGUUAAUUCAAGGUCCACCUGGAACAGGGAAGAGCUUUACCGGCAUCGCUUUGAUCAAAGUGCUGCUCGCCAACAAGAUCAAAGUCAAGGAUUUUGGACCUAUCAUAUGUGUCUGCUACACAAAUCACGCUCUUGAUCAGCUUUUAGAGGAACUCUUGAGAACAGAAACCACCUCGAAUGUCUUACGUAUCGGUUCCCAGUCCCAGUCAGAGAGCUUACAAAGGUUGAACUUGAGAACGGUCGCCCGCAAAGCUGAAAAGACUCGGUGGGAGAAAAACGAACACUUCUACAUUAAUGCAUCACUCGAUCGAUGCGAGCACGAUUUUGAAAACCUCCAUUUGAAUUCGAUAGGCUCUGAGGUAAGCAUGAAGUACUAUCUUCAGAAGUAUCAUGCAGAACGUGCCAAGCAGCUCUUCGAAGAAGACGAAGAGGGUUAUCAGAAGCAGGCACCAAGGGGGCCGAAAGGCAUUAUUUCAUCAUGGCUGAACGGGGGCCAAGCCGGUGAAGCUGCGCCUCGUUCUUUGGCAGAACUUGAAAAUGUCCACGUCGAUGCAAUGACCCGAGAAGAAAGAAAAUUGAUCUAUGCAGACUGGGUGGCGAAUCAACGAGGCAAGCUGAAAGAAGACACUAUUUCUAUUCUUCUAGAGCACGCAACUCACAAGCGCCACUGGGAUACUUGGCGGGAUGAGCUAGAUCUGCGGUGCCUGCACAAAGCCGACGUGAUCGGAAUCACAACCAGUGGACUAGCCCGGAGCAUUGAAAUGCUGCGUUUUUUGAAAUCGAAAGUCAUGAUAUGUGAGGAAGCGAGUGAGGUACUCGAGGCGCACCUCCUGGUAUCAAUUUUGCCCUCGAUUGAGCAGGUUAUCCUCAUCGGAGACCACCAGCAAUUGCGACCUCAAAUCCAAAACCAUAACCUGUCCCGUGAGAAUGAGUCCGGAAAGAAGUACUUUUUGGACAGGUCUUUGUUUGAGCGAUUGGUGGAGCCUGAUGACGAUGGGAGUAGCAUCCAAGUCCCAUAUUGCACUUUGGAAACGCAGAGGCGUAUGCACCCAUCGAUUUCGCUAUUGGUCAGGAACACUCUGUAUCCCCGACUCCAAGACGCACCUCUAGUUUAUGGAUACCCUGAGGUUGCUGGAAUGCGCAAGAGACUGUUUUGGCUUGACCAUAGGCGACUGGAGGCUGGUGCUUCUGAUGAAGAAGCGGCAUCACGCUCGCACUGGAACGUUCACGAGGUGAGGCUUACAGUCGCACUAGUCAACCACCUACUGCGUCAAGGUGUUUACAAAAAGGGUGAAAUCGCAGUCUUGACUCCGUAUCUUGGUCAACUCUAUCGGCUUCGGCGAGAGCUAUCUCAAUUUCAUACAAUUUCCUUGAGCGAGAGAGAUGAAGCAGACCUCGAGAAUGCAGGAUUUACGCAUAGAGACCAACUGUCCUCCCAAACCCCAGUGGCCAGGUCCUCCCUUCUCCAGACCUUAAGAGUCUCUACGAUUGACAAUUUCCAGGGUGAGGAAGCAAAGGUAGUGGUCAUAUCACUGGUCCGAAGCAACAAAGAAAACCGCUGCGGGUUUCUUCGAACGCAUAAUCGCAUCAAUGUUCUUCUUUCUCGCGCAAAGCACGGCAUGUACAUCAUUGGGAACUCCUUAACCGCUCAGGGCGUUGAAAUGUGGGAUAAAGUCAUCAACAUGCUGAAAUCGAGCGGGAACAUAGGACCUGAGCUUGAGCUGACAUGUCCCCGGCACCCUGACACUCCAAUUGCAGUCUCUGACCCAGAACAUUUCGUCCAUCUCUCUCCAGAAGGCGGAUGCAAUAUGCAAUGUCAUACUGCGCAGAGCCUUGUCCGCGACCUCAAAAAGGAUGCUCUCACCCCUGCCCAAAAAAAUGCGGAGACCCAUGCCCACCGAAGUGCUCCUUUCAAGUUUACGAUGAAGAGCGGAUUCUGCCGUGUGUUCGAACCCAGGAUGGUUUUCAGAUCAAUCACGGAAAUUGCCAACAGAUAUGCGGACGCAAAUAUUCUACUUGCGCACACAGCUGUCGAGAGACCUGUCAUGGAAUUGAGCCCUGUCCACCAUGCGAAGCACCCUGUGCCGUACAGUGCGGCCAUUCGAGAUGUUCUCGGAAAUGCUCAGAGCCAUGCGUACCAUGUGCCGUGUCAAAGUGCUUGUCCUCGUGUCCGCAUAAUUCGUGCUCAAUGCCAUGUGGAGCACCGUGCGAUCACAUCCCUUGCUCUUUGCGCUGCCAGAAAAGGCUCAGCUGCGGUCAUCAAUGUCCUUCCGUUAGAAGAGAUAAAGAAUAUUCAAGUGGACUUCAUCUUGGGCAAGACUUACGAAGAGAUUGAUCUGGACAGCAACCCAUGCAUCUUCCCCCACUGUGGCCACUUUUUGACAAUUGAAAGUAUGGAUGGUCAAAUGAAUAUGCGAAAGCAUUACACUAUGGAUGAUAUGGGACGGCCAGUCGCGCUUGCGUCGUCUGCGACACCCUUUUCGAUCGAAGAUAUUCGCUCAUGCGCAACCUGUCGAGGUUCAUUGCAAAAUAUCUCUCGCUAUGGACGGCUCGUUCGACGUGCAUUAUUAGACGAGUCUACCAAAAAGUUUAUUCUGUAUGCGAACGAACAGUACCUGCCCCUGGCUCAAAAGUUGCUCGUUUGCACUGAGCAGCUACAGGCCAGGACAGAAACAGUUUCGCUUGCGAUGGCAGUCUUUCCGCCUUCCAGUAAGAUCUUGAUCGAAGGGCCACUGGAAAAGCAGGUGCGGUUGAUGAACCAGCAUAUGACGAAAAGUAUGGGCCGCUGGAAGGCUCUGCUAGCUCUCCGACAGAGCAUUGUGGUUUACAAAAAGAAGGUCAAUCUAGAAGAGCAACCCUUCAACAAAGUACGAAACAUGGUGGAGAACGCUCGUCGGAGGAAAGCUAAAACGGGGCAAUUUGAGUUUGAUAGCAAUGUCUUGCAAUUCAAAGGUUAUCUGCAAGCUUUCGCGCUGCUGCUGCGACUGGAUACGGCUUUGCUCAGCGACUUUCUUCAGCUGAGGCAAAAGAUUCGCUUCGGCUCGAACCAAUGCGAGCUUCGUCUCAACCUGGACCAGAAUAGGAAGGAAUGUCGGUCACUCAUCGAAAGUGCUACCAGUUCGCAUCGAGUCACCCAGCAGGUCGAGGGCCACAUCUUUCUUGCUCAGUUCUGUGCGCUGGAAUUGCGGAACAACACGGACUCCCAGAAUGCCUCCGCCCUGCGGCAGGAAGGUCUCGCUGCUCUCGAUGCGGCGGAAAGAGUCUGCUCUGUCUUCCCUAGCCAGACACGAGGACUUGACACGGAGAUCGAAGGUACGCGGAGCAUGAUUAGGGGUGAAGCCUUCUACACUCCCAUCACGAAUGCAGAGCGCAUGGACAUCUUAGAGGCCAUGUCGCGAGAGUUCACUGGAACAGGCCACUGGUACUAUUGCGCUAAUGGACAUCCUUUCACGAUUGGAGAAUGCGGAGGUGCGAUGGAGGUUUCUACAUGCCCUGAGUGCGGUGCCCCUGUUGGGGGGGAAGACCAUCAUGUUGCGGCCGGAGUGACUCAUGCACGGGACCUGGAGGAAAGACUGCGUAACUAG